AUGGCAACGAAAGGAAGAACAGGGAGAAGACGAAAACGUAAGAAAAAUGGCAAUUAUUACAACGAACAUGGACGUGCAAUCUAUGAACCUGAAUACAUAGCCCUUUUCAAAUGGGCAAAAGAGAAUGGAAUUUCUUUUGGAAAGCUACGUCCCGCUUGCUUUACACAAACAGGAAGGGGCUUAAUGACUUGUAAAAAACUAAGAAGUGAUGAUCUAGUGAUCUCUGUUCCAUCGCACAUGCUCAUUACAUCAAAAACAGCUGAACAAAGUCACAUCGGAAAAAAGUUGGCCAAACUGAAGCCUGCUCUGUCCGCCAAAAACCUCUUGUACGUCUUUAUUUUGCAUGAAAAAUAUCGAGAGAAAAGAUCAUUCUGGUAUCCGUAUAUCACUACGUUGCCAAGAUAUUUCAAUACCCCCGCAUAUUUCAGUGAAAAGGAAAUAUAUGCUCUUCCUGUAAGUUUGCAACAGGAGUUUAUGUGUCAUAUCUUAACUGUUCAAGAAACUUAUAAGGAGCUUAAAGAAUUCUUUGCGAGGCACAUUUCUGCUCUGGAUAAAAAUUUUGUGGAGUUUUUUACAUUUGAGGAGUUCAAAUGGGUGUGGUGUGUGGUAAACACCAGGUCUGUUUAUAAACCGGACAUUACAAAUACAGAUAAAGCUGGAAUGGCAGCAACUUGGACUGAUGACAACUAUGCACUUGCUCCCAUUCUGGAUUUACUGAAUCACACAGACGUGGCAGAGGUCAGUAAUGUUGAAGUCAAUGAUACAAAUGUUGCUGCUGGUUAUCAGCUGUCUCUUAGACUUUGUCCUAUUACAAAUGUGACGGCAGGAUAUUAUGUCACCUAAUAUAUGAUCAUCUUUUAACAGAUUUCCCAUGAACAUGUGAGGAUGAUGCUGUCCUUCCAUUAAUCAUAACUUUUGACCACAAUAACAUUUUCCCUCUCUCAGCCCUUAAGCCUUUUUUUCUUUUCACCAUUUGAAAAUGGCAUGUUUUUAUAAGACAAAUCAAAUAAGGUUUAUUAGGGUUGUGACAAAUCAGAUGAAAUCCACCAAUCACCGCAGACAUACACUGACCUCAGUUUGACCGUCGUGUUUUCUAAGAGUGAGUAUCCUGAACUUACUGCCGGCAUUAUCUUGAGAGGGUAGCGAAUAACGCGAUUAUGGAAUCGAGGCUAAAUAUGAAACUGAGAUAUGAUCUUAUUGGGUGGACCUGACCUGGUUUGACUGUAAGCCUUUUUUUUCUUUUCACUAUUUGAAAAUGGCAUGUUUUUAUUGAGUUUCUAGGGUUUAUAACUUAUUAGUUUAUGUAAAUAAUAAUAUUAUUAUUAUAUUAUAUUAUUAUAAUUAUAAUAUUAUUAUUAUUAUUAUAAUCAUAGCUAUAACAAAAUUGUCAAAUCUGAUUGGCUCUCAACUGCCCUGAUUUCAGCCUUAAUUGGACAGUUUAAUAGGACAGUACGCCAUGCCUAAGUAAUUGGACAGUACGCGCCAUCACGCGCGCGCUUAAAUGGCUUUUUUUUUUCACUGCUAGCAAAACAAAAUUUCGAAUUUCUUGUGUUUGGUUUAAAAAAUAGCCUAUUGUAUCACAAAUUUUGUUAAAGUAAUGAUUAAUUGGUAACAGAACUUCGUGUCAUCCAAUUCAGUCUGUAAUUAUACUCGUGAUUAAACAAGUCGGACUCCCACUACGCGGUCGUCCGAUUUUGUUAAUCACUUGUAUGAUUACAGACCGAAUUGGACUCCACUCAGUCCUGUUACCAUUACUUAUUAUUAUUAUUAUUAUUAUUUGUCAAAAAGAGUGGGUAAUGAUAACAAAAUGACCUAGAGGUAAUGUUUUGUGAUAUACCUUCCAGGUUCAAGCUGGCUUCAACCAAGAAAAUGACUGUUAUGAAAUUCGCACUUUAUCAGGAUACAACAAGAGUACCCAGGUAUUCAUAAACUAUGGCCCCCAUGACAACAGAAAGUUGCUUAUGGAAUAUGGCUUCAUUCUACCCAAAAACAUGCACAAUACAGUGCCAGUCUCAAAAGAUUUAGUAUUCUCGCUUGUAAUGCCUGAAAUGCGUGGAAUUUCACAAAGGAAGAGAGAAUUAAUGUCAUGUAACCAACUGGAUAAGGACCUCUGCUGUUCUGAGGAAAAUGGCUUGUCUUGGAGUUCCCUAGUUUUGUUAAGAAUUCUUGCAAUGGAUGAAGAUAACUUCAAAAAAGACUGGGAUAGAGUUCUGACUGGAGAGAGUCUUGGCAAAGAAGUAGAGUUAAGAGUAUCACAUUGGAUUAAAUGCUUAAUUGAAAGAGUGUUACAGUCUUAUCAGGAAGCUGACAAAGGCAUUGCUGCCCAUUUAAUGAGUCAUAAUAAUUUGUCAGUCAAUAUGCGACUUGCAUUGCAGUUGCAGUACCAAGAAAAACAGAUUUUGGAAAAUGCAUUACAGAUGGUGAAACUUUCUUGA